AUGUCUUCAACCGCUUUCGUUUCUUUUCUAGUGGCAUAUGCUGUUUGCUGGAUAAUCGCAAAGGGAACCACAACCCCUGAUGAAGUAGCAGAGUUCCUUGAAAAAGCCGACUCGGAAUCGGAAAAUGGCUCUACUACGGAUUGGUAUGAAGUAGGGAAAGAUGAAGACACUAAUCCGAUCGUGCCCUUUCCUGCCAGCAUCCAAACCUCUUUCUUCGUUUCGGCUGGUACGAUGUAUUUCAGACAUUUCAUUACAAUCUCUCAGCUGAGUGGUACAGUUUUCGAAAAAGCCCUGUGA